GGUCGUGAAGUUUCAUCAAAUGGACCCAGCGUACCGACAGAACCCAGUCCUCAGGAGACAAGGAAGUCCUUUGCCAGGGAGAUGAAGCACCCCAUCCUCCGUCCCGGUUACAUCCCCAUCCCGAUCAUCCACGAGGGAUCCGACGUGAGGCAGCAGCAUCCCUGUUACUCCUACAUCCAGCCGACGGCGRCGCAGAACGCCCGGACAGAUGUCCAGACGCCGCCGCUGGCAUCUGCCAUCCACCACAGCAGACCCAGAUCACCGUUACACGGGCCCUCUGACGGCUGCUCCCCUGAGCCGGGAAAGACCGGAUCACCCGUGUCACAAACAACAGAGGUUUUCACCGCCCCCCAUCAGCAGGUGUCCCGGACCAGCAGCGGAGGUCUCCAGCCUGGUUACAUCCCCAUCCCGGUGGUCCACGAGGGUGCAGGAGGAGGAGGAGGGGGUCAAAUCCAGCCUCAGUUGAAUCCCUCCGUCUACUCGCAGCGUGUCCCCUACGCAGACGUACAGCAGCCUUUUCCUCGACAUCAGACCGAGGACUGGCCCGGCUACUCCCCCAGAGAACGGACCUCCCCAACAAUGUUUCCCCAACAUCGCGACGCCGCUCCUGUUCACCUCCUGCACCACGUUAGGAGUCACUCGCCCAUCAGAACACAGGUGAUGGGGGAACGGCCACAGGCUGCACAGCGUGCCGUCUCCAGAGACUCGCCUCAGAAAAUGGAGCAGGAGCAGCAGAGCGUGCAGCAGAAACCCGAGAACACGUCGGCUCCUCCGACGCCGCACACUGAGCCCGACGUCCUGAAGCUCCAACAGCCUCAGCAUCUCCAGCAGGCUCCGCCUCCGACGCCUCCGCAGCAGGAGCCCCAAAACCCGGAGCCACCUCAGCAUCAUGUGGCCGACAUCACCGUCCAGAUACCUCCCAAAGCAGAGCCUCAGGAAGCUCCCUCGCCCGCGGAGGCCGAGCCGGCGGCUCCGUGCGAGGCCCACCCGGGCUUGACUAAAGUGCAGCAGAUCGUGGAGAGGGUGGCCAAACUGGAGCAGGAGGUGAAAAGCUUCGCUGGAAAGAAAAACGAUAAGAAGUACUUGUUGCUGGAGGAGCUGUUGACCAAAGAACUCCUGGCGCUGGACUCCGUCGACCCCGAGGGCCGAGACGACGUGCGCCAGGCGAGGCGGGACGGCGUCCGGCGCGUGCAGACCAUACUGGAGGAACUGGAGGAGCAACAGACGGAGAGGAAGUCGGAGAGCGGCGUCAUCGCUGACGAGAACACUAAGAUGACGAAGGAGAUCUGAUGACCUCGUGACGAAGAGGAGGGACGGAUUACCUGCUGUAUAUUCCCCAUGGAGCGAGCGCUGGACUCUUCCUCCUCCACAGGCAGUUCUUUGUGGACGUUGCAUGCAUUAAUUAAGUGUUGGUACGUCCAUUCAGCACAUAAUUAAUGAUCGCUCAGUGAAAUUGUUCAAGCCAUUGUUAUUGCCUUCUAUGUUGUGCCAAUGUCUUUAUAAAGAGUCGCGAGGAAGAUGUGGACAACCGCUGCAAGGCAAGUUCGACUACGAGGCCUUUAUUAAUACGUGAAAGACAAAUAGAAGUAUUUUCCUAAAAAGUGUUAUUUGUAGUUGCCUUUUUGUCUGAUUUUAAAUAUCCAGUCAGCACAUUGUUUAGCACUUAAACUAAAAAAACGGCGUCUCCAGCUGAGGGGUAUGCUACGCAGCUGAAGUCAGAACUUUCAGAACCACGAAGGGGGUUCUGUCUGAGCCCGGUUUUGGUUUUAGUUUCCACUUUUUUAAAUGUUCCACUGUGAAUAAAAUAUGGGUUUAUGAGAUUUGUAAGUCA